UGUCUCUGUCAGUGCUUUCACUGUCCACGCCCGGCCUCCAAGCGACAAAUAGUAAAUGUCUAAGUGCUAUACCCUCCUAGCCCUAGUCGUAUGACUUUUUGGGGCCUCAAUUGGCGGUCGCAUAUCCGGCUGUCCUAACCGGCAAUCUAGAGUCAAGCUAUCUACUCCGUCCAGAGUUCACACAGAGCUAGUCAGGAUGUAAUAAAAAAAAAAAAACCUCUUGACCGGUUCCUUCCAGUCUCAAACUUCUUCUUCCAUUACUCUCUUCCCAUUGCGGUGCUCAUCCUCAGAAGAGGCGAACAUAAACAUGCGCAGUUGGAUCCCAAUCGUCGCAGCUCUUGCUGCCCUAUCGCCAGCAACAGCAUCUCCCACUUCCAUGGAUCAAUGGGAUGUACUCGCUGGAAAGGCCCUGGGAAACCAAAUCCGAUAUCACUACACAAAUCCAGAAGCCAGCAGAACUUGUACCCCCUACACCGCGUCAGCUCGCAGAGAAUGGGGAGCUCUGUCCAAGAAGGAACGCCGGGAGUACAUUGACGCCGUUCUCUGUCUAUCUUCGAAGCCUUCAAAGUCCGACCCCUCCUUCGCUCCCGGGGCUCGCUCCCGCUACGAUGAUUUCGUAGCUGUGCACAUCAACCAGACGAUGUUCAUCCAUUCAACGGGCAACUUCUUAACCUGGCACCGCUAUUUCACCUGGGCCUACGAGCAAGCCCUCCGAAACGAGUGCGGCUACACCGGCACUCAGCCCUACUGGGCCUGGAACAAGUAUGCCGACGACCCAGUCAACUCGCCCAUUUUCGAUGGCUCCGAAUACAGCAUGUCAGGAGACGGCGCAUUCGUCCCCCACAAUGCCACCGAAGCUGCGCCCGGAAUCUUCCUUCAGCCUUCAAACGGAGGCGGCUGCGUCAAAUCUGGUCCAUUCAAGAACUUCACCGUGAACCUCGGCCCCCUCCUCCCAAGUCUCAAGAUCCCAGGUCUCGUCGCCCAAAACGGUACUGGCCUGAACUACAACCCCCGGUGUCUCCGUAGAGACAUCUCCAAGCAGGCCGCCCAAUGGACUACAACCAAGCAAGUCGUGGACUUGAUCGUCAACGAAACAGAUAUUUGGGACUACGAGACCACAAUGCAGGGCGACUUUCCGCGCGGGUUCCUCGGUUUGCAUAGCGGUGGACACUAUACCAUAGGUGGUGAUCCUGGUGGUGACUUUUUUGCUUCCCCCGGUGACCCGGCUUUCUUUCUUCACCAUGCGGCGAUUGACCGGGCAUUCUGGACCUGGCAGAAUCUGGACCCUGUGAAGCGCACUUAUGUUGUGAAUGGUCCGACUGUGCUUCCUGGUAUUGUUGAGUCACCGCCGAAUGCUACUUUGGAUGAUGUUGUAGAUAUGAGUGCUGCUUUGGCUCCUCCGAAGACUAUUAGGGAGUUGUUGGAUACUACUGGUGGUACUGGGGGGCCUUUCUGUUAUAUUUAUCUGUGAUGUCACGGCGGUGUUUAUUCUUCGUUGGAAGUUAAUAAGAUGUGUUGUAUAUAAUACUAUUGGGGUCGUUCGUACUGCCCGGUUACUAUCAAGGAAGUUGGUAGUAUUUACUUAGAAUGAACUUUUUAUAUAGAUAAGUGCAAUUUGCUAUGUUAC